CCGGCGAGGAGAGUGCCAAACGCACACGCAGUUCUCGCCACGUAUUGCUCCGUAUCUCAGCAGUAACAAAUGACACCAAUAACACUGUCGGGCUCGUGCUCCCAACGUCUCGGCAGCUCCCGGACCCGCCGGGAUGCUGGCGAUGCCCGUGUCUGAUGGAGGGAGGAGAGAAGCCAAACUGGGCAAGUGCAGGGGGAGAUGGGCGAGCUGGGGUGAUCCCCCAUCCUUCUCCGGCAGUUACGGAGAAGGAGGUGCAGCAGUGGUACAAGGGCUUCAUCAAGGACUGCCCCAGCGGGCAGCUCGAUGCCGCCGGCUUUCAGAAGAUCUAUAAGCAGUUCUUCCCCUUCGGAGACCCAACUAAAUUUGCCACCUUUGUUUUCAAUGUCUUCGAUGAGAACAAAGACGGGAGGAUCGAGUUUUCGGAGUUCAUCCAGGCGCUGUCGGUCACCUCCCGGGGGACGCUGGACGAGAAGCUGAGGUGGGCGUUUAAGCUGUACGACUUGGACAACGACGGGUACAUCACGAGGAACGAGAUGCUGGACAUUGUGGAUGCCAUUUAUCAGAUGGUGGGAAACACGGUGGAGCUUCCUGAGGAGGAGAACACACCGGAGAAGAGGGUGGAUCGGAUUUUUGCCAUGAUGGACAAGAACGCGGACGGGAAGCUGACGCUGCAGGAGUUCCAGGAGGGCUCCAAGGCCGACCCCUCCAUCGUGCAGGCUCUCUCCCUCUACGACGGGCUCGUAUAGUCCCGGGGCCGAGCGGCGACGCCUGGGGGAAGAUGCUCUCCGUGUGCCAUCCGACCACCACCGCCGCGCGCAGCUUGCCUGUCCCUCUCGGCCUUCCUUUCUGUUCCGCGAGCAAAGGAUGCCCUCGAAGCGCGAGCUCACUCCCCCUCUCUGCACUCUGAACCAGCCGCUGCCAUUUGCCAACUUCUGCUUUUUCCAAAAAAAAAACAACAACCAACCAACCAACCACCCGCGACAGACCCCCGGUCUGAGCGGCAGCGAACGCCCGGGACUUCAUGGCCGGGGGAAACGGGUCGAGCAUCGCUGAAGGCAGAGCUCCCCCCCCCCACGGCCUCCUCACCCUCUUUGCUCCCCUUUCCUACGUUUUCGGAUGGGACUGCGGAUGCGCCGGCGCCGGCGUGGUCCUCUCUCUCCCGGGAACCCGCCGGCUGGAGACGGAGCCCAAAGGUACCGGGGGGCCGUGCACCCCGAGGUGCUGCCUGCGUGGGGCGGCUGGGGAGCCGAGGCACCGAUGGCAACAGGGGACACAGUCCUGGCAUCACCUGCGAUGCCGUUGGCAGCCCGGCCCGGCUCACUAGGGAUAUAUAUUAUUAUAUUAUUUUUAUUUUUUUUUUGGUGAGACAGUAUUGUGCUUUUUUCUUCUUUUUUUUUUUUUUGUUUUUUUUUUUCCUUCGGUGGAAAAAAAGUGAGGCUUUUUUUUAUAUGCCUGUCUCGACGAUCGAUAUCCUUAUUUAUUUGUUGUAAAUGUUGCUGCCGUGUUUAGUCUCUUGUGUGUGUGUCCGACCACCUAGAUGAUGAUCUGUAAGGUUUACAUGCUCGUACACUAUUGCGGGGCACCGGGAGCCUGCAAUAACAAUGAAGCCAAAAAACCUGCCUUCCCUCCCCUUCUCCUCCCACCCCCUGUAUCCCAAGCUCCCUGGGCUGGCUGCUGUUUUAAGGGGAUGCUGUAGCUUCUUUUCCUCUUUCCUUUUCCCCGUUUUGCUGCAUUUUUCUGUUCACCCUUCCCUUUGCAAGCUCAGCGAGGGCUCGCUCAGCCCAGGCUCCGAGCAGCCCCAGCCUCCUCCAUCCCUCCAUCCCAACCACCAGGCACCAGAAUGUCCUCAU